GAUAUGAUAACUACAUAGUGUUACGAUUUGUUUUGUUAACAUUAAUUAAAAUCAAUGAGUCAAAAUGUCUCAUUCGAAUUUGAUCUGGUUGGCGCCACGUGAAUCUGAUCAUCGACCCACAACAAAGCAGACCAUUUUGAUUGUAGCAGGAGACAUCAUCAGAAUGGAAAACAAGUGUGAAAAGGAGAAAAGGGUAGAGAGGAUGCCAGUUGACGAAAUGACCUCAAAGGACUACUACUUCGAUUCUUAUGCUCAUUUUGGCAUCCAUGAGGAAAUGCUAAAAGAUGAAGUCCGCACCUUAACCUACCGUAAUGCCAUGUAUCAUAAUAGACACCUUUUUAAAGGGAAGACUGUACUGGAUGUAGGCUGUGGAACUGGAAUCCUCUCUAUGUUUGCUGCCAAAGCUGGUGCUACUAGAGUGAUUGGCAUUGAAAUGUCCAACAUCGUAGAGCACGCCAAAAAAAUUGUAGCGGCAAACAAUUUAGAUAAAGUUGUGGAGAUCAUUCAUGGCAAAGUGGAGGAAGUGACACUACCCGUAGAGAAGGUUGAUAUUAUUAUUAGCGAGUGGAUGGGCUACUGUCUCUUUUAUGAAUCAAUGCUGGAAACAGUGCUUUAUGCCCGGGAUAAGUGGAUGGCUCCUGACGGUAUGCUGUUCCCUGACCGUGCUACAUUAUUUGUUGCUGGUAUUGAGGAUCGCCAAUACAAGGAUGAUAAAAUCAAUUGGUGGGAUAGUGUUUAUGGAUUUGACAUGUCCUGCAUCAGGGAGGUGGCAAUGACAGAGCCUCUGGUUGAUGUCGUAGAAGCAAAACAGGUGGUAACAAACUCUUGCCUCGUGAAGGAAGUGGACCUAUACACUGUGAAGAAAGAGGAUCUGGCCUUCAGUGCUCCAUUCCACCUUCAGGUAAAGGUACGAAGGAAUGACUACGUACACGCUCUCAUCACAUACUUCAAUAUUGAAUUCACUAAAUGUCACAAGAGGACAGGUUUCUCAACAGCUCCUGAGGCACGGUAUACACAUUGGAAACAGACGGUCUUUUACUUCGAUGAUUAUCUGACAGUGAAACACGGAGAAGAAAUCUUUGGCACAUUCACAAUGAAGCCCAAUGAGCGAAAUAACCGUGACCUUGACUUCCAGAUUGAAAUGGAAUUCCAUGGUGAACUCUCCGACUGCCAGGAAUCUCAUAAAUACAAAAUGCGUUAAUUCAUUAUAGGAGUUGGAUCCUGCUACGUCCAUCAGAUGGUCGUCCACGAUUAUGCCGCAAGUUGAUUUAGCCGUUAGGUUCCUAACAAGUAGUAAUUGCUUCUCUCAAGUGAAGCAACAUCAGGAAGUUUUGUAUAAUUUUGUCAGUCUGAGGUUUAGGCCUUAAUCCAAAAUGGCUUGUGGCACAUCCUGUACGGACACUUACUAGAGUGCAGUCAUGACAGCCGCUAGAACUGUAAUCCCAGCUGGUGGAGUGACCUUUAUAAAAAGUUGUGUACUCCGUAUUUAGUGGAUGAGCUGUAGACUCAGCCUCUCUACCAGAAGCAGUAUUAUAUGAGCAUGGUAGAUGAGCAUAAUACUCUUGCCUCUCCAGUGUAAGAGGAUUGAGCAGACUCGUGAACUCUCCCGCCCCACUAGGCUGUGGCCAGUAAUGAUCUGGUGUUAUUUUCAAUGGUGCAAGUCCUCAAUAAAGAAUUAAGAAUGGCUAUUUGGUAGUGAAGUGAAGUGAAAGUUUGAAGAAAAAAAAGGUGAAACUUGAAGGAAAAAUUCAUGAGUGCUGUAGUUGAAAUUAUUGUUUUCUCAUAAUAAAAGAAUUGCUACAAUAAAAUGUUACACAAUAAUAAUUGAUCAGCUACAUCCAUUUGUUCAGCUACAUGAUGUAGUAAUAAAAUGAUUAAUUUAUUUUUAUUUUUUACAUCCAUCGAUAACAAUUUUAUUAAUAUAAUCUUGACUCUUAUACUAGUACUGUACUUAGUUACAAACAUUAUUUAAUAAUCUGUCUCAACAUAUUUGUCAUGUAUCUGUAUCAAGAUCCUACUGUAGGGAUAGUAGGGAUGAUUACCCAGAAGUUCUAGUCCUUGGUUUGAGGACUUGGAUUGUUAAAAGAAGUUAGCGUGGGUAUCUUGUAUGUUAUUUGAAUUAUUUUUACAGAUGGCAAUAAAAAGAAAAUCAAGAA